CGGCGGCGGCAGCGGCUCUCUCCCGUCCGUUCGUCGUGGGACCUUCGCCUGCGGGGACGGCGCACGCUCCUGCCUGCGGCCCCUUCGUUCCCCACGGAGCUGGGAUUGCUGACAAUGCAGCAAACCUGUUUGUGGAUGGAGGGCUAGAAUCACUCCCUGAACUGCUAUGGGAGCACACAGCCAGAGGUCGUCCACACCACACCCAUUUCUUACAGAUAAGGAAGAUGAGGCUCAGCAAGGAAAAGUGAUAGACCCAUAGCCACAGAACUUGGUGACUGCGGUCCAGGGACCGGGUGUGCCAUUGUCCCAGGGCCCAUGCCUUGAGGCCUGGAGGUGCAGGGCGGCCAGCAUGCCGUGGGAUGCACGGCGGCCAGCGGGUGGCGCAGAAGGUGGGCGAGAGCGCCCGGGAGCAGCGCACUCGCAGGCACAGAAGCAGUGUCGCAAGUCGUCGUUUGCCUUCUACCAGGCGGUGCGCGACUUGCUUCCGGUGUGGCUUCUGGAGGACAUGCGCGCCAGCGAGGCCUUCCACUGGGAUGAGAGAGGGCGCGCUGCUGCCUACUCUCCCUCCGAGGCGCUGCUCUACGCGCUGGUGCAUGACCACCAGGCUUAUGCGCACUACCUGCUGGCCACGUUUCCACGGCGUGCGCUGGCACCGCCUAGUGCUGGCUUCCGCUGCUGUGAGGCGCCGGGGCCACACGUGACGCUGGCUGUGCGUUACAACCGUGUGGGCAUCCUGCGCCGCAUCUUGCGCACCCUGCGCGACUUCCCUGCUGAAGAGCGUGCACGUGUGCUCGACAGGAGAGGAUGUAGCCGAGUGGAGGGCGGUGGCACGUCGCUGCAUGUGGCCUGCGAGCUGCUGCGCCCAGAGUGCCUCUUCCUGCUGCUCGGCCAUGGUGCCUCACCUGGCCUGCGUGAUGGUGGUGGUCUUACACCAUUUGAGCUGCUGCUGCGCCAGCUGGGUCGUGAUGCUGAGGCCACUGAUGCUGAUGCUGGAACAGCCAACGCUGCCUCUGCUGGGACCGCCACUGUGCCCGGGGAGCCGCGUCAGCGCCGCCUGCUGUUGCUCGACCUGCUGGCACUGUAUACCCCCGUGGGCGCCGCUGGCUUGGCUCGCCGUGAACUGCUGGGCGACCGACUACGCUGGCAGCAGCUGCUGGGUGAAGACAAGUUCCAGUGGCUGGCGGGCCUGGCACCGCCCUCGCUCUUCGCACGCGCCAUGCAGGUGCUGGUCACCGCCAUCUCCCCGGUCCGCUUCCCCGAGGCCCUGGACGAGCUACCGCUGCCACCUUUCCUGCAGCCGUUGGACCUCACGGGCAAGGGCUAGACCCCGAGGGCAGCCUAGGCACUGGAUUUUGGGACAAAACUAUUUUUCAGAACAUUGUAUCUGGCACUUUACAUAUAUUGAUCUCUCUAUAGCAGAA